UAUUUUCAUAUUCUUUUGGCCUCGUACUCCUCAGCAAGAUGGCGGUCGUGACGUGAAUUGGUUUGAAACUUACUCCCCGGAAAAAUCUACGAAACAAGACUAAGCUUUCUCUAAUUAACAGAUGUGUCAAAAUGAAUGACAUAGGCAAGACUCACAAAAGAGACAGUGAACUUUGCUCUCCAUGUGUGGACAGAAUUAACAAAUUGGAAGGUUUGCAUGGUAAUGAAGAAAACUGCUCUCCUAUCGCCGCAAGUUCCCCUCUACUGCGCCGCAAAAUUAAGAGGAGAAGGCGACUCAUACUUAGUCCAGAGAAACCUCUGAAGGAAGAGCAGUCCAUUAGCUCUGAGAAAAAUACAAUCAAUGAUAUUAAGAAUGAGAGUUUCUUACUAAUCAAGGAUGAUUCUUUUUUUAAUCAUAUAAAUUUUGAGAAGCUUGACCAGCUGAGUGCCACAGAUGGCCAGUCCACCAUUGCUCCUCCACCACCAUUGUCACCCGAGCUGUUUGAAGAACCAUCCCCAGUCAAGACUUACGAGUCCCAAGGAAGCAUCUUAUUACCUACACAGGCAAGUCUUUCCAGCACCCUCUCCUCCCAGCCCUUGGUUACUCGGAUUCAGAAAAAUUUCAAGAGUGAAGGAGAACAAUUCAAGUGUGAGGUUGAGCGUCGUAAAGAGGAGAUGGUGGCUGCCUUAGAGGAGUGUGCCCGUACUUCAAACCAGGCCUUCAAUUUAGGGCCCUUCUUUGGUCUUAAUUCUCAUGUUCUAGAGCUACUCAAGAUUCAUCGGGGAAUUACCAAGCUUUAUGAGUGGCAGGAGGAUUGCAUUAUUAAGGGAGGGACAGGCUCCAAUCUGCUCAUCUCCAUGCCUACCAGUGGAGGGAAGACACUUGUAGCUGAGGUGUUGAUAUGGCAGCAGUUGCUCCUCAAAAAUCAUGAUGCCUUGUUUAUCUUGCCUUAUGUAGCACUGGUACAAGAAAAGGUAAGGAAUCUGGCACCUUUUGGAGUGGAGCUAGAAUUUUUGGUAGAGGAAUAUGCCAGCAGUAGGGGAACAUAUCCUCCAACAAAGCAUAAUAAACGAAUUGUUUAUGUGGCUACUAUAGAAAAAGCAUCUGGGCUUGUCAACUCUCUCCUGGGUGAAGGUCGGAUCAAGGAGCUUGGCCUGGUUGUAGUUGAUGAAGUCCACAUGGUAGGAGAGGCUGGGGGCCGAGGAGCCACGCUAGAAAACCUGCUGACGACAUUACGAUAUACUGCACCCUCUGUGCAGAUGGUGGGCAUGAGUGCUACUGUUGGCAAUAUUAAUGAGCUGGCUGAGUUCCUUGGUGCUGAGAUAUAUGAAAAUAACUUCCGGCCAGUUCACCUCAUUGAGUACGCUAUGAUGGAACAGCAGCUGUGUGAGAUCAAUAAAGUAGCCAAGACAGAGAAAGACCUAUUUAUCAGAAAUCGAACUUGCACCUUCAAUAGCAAAGAUCAUAUUGGUGUGUUAGUGGAAGAGAUGGUGCCUGAACAUUCUUGCCUUGUAUUUUGUCCCACCAAGCUGUGGAGUGAGAAUGAGGCAUUGAAUAUAUGUAAAGUACUCCCUAAAAAAUUGAAACAGGUUGCCUAUCAGAAGAAGAAAGCUUUGCUCAUUGCCUUGCAGGAGGAAGGAGGGGAAUCAAUAUGUCCUAUUCUAAGGAAAACUAUCCCUUAUGGAAUUGCUUAUCAUCAUUCAGGCCUGACUGAUGCAGAGCGCCAUCUCCUUGAAGAGGCAUAUCUGCAAGGGACUAUCUGCAUUAUUUGUUGCACCUCCACUUUGGCAGCUGGGAUCAACCUGCCAGCCAGAAGGGUAAUAAUUCGUUCUCCAUACACUGGUCGACUCUUCCUCACUCAGGCAAAAUACAAGCAAAUGGUUGGUAGAGCUGGACGGGCUGGCCUAAGUUCAACAGGAGACAGUUUCCUCAUCAUUGAGAAAAAGGACUUAAACCAGGUAGGAAUGAUGCUGCUGUCUUCAGUUGAUAAAUGUGUGUCCACCCUGGCUGAGAAUGAAUACCAUGGUCUGGGUACCCUGAUCUUCUCCUCCAUUGGUCUGGGUGUGGCUGUAUCACUUCCUGAAUUGAAAACUCUUGCAAGUCGUUCCUUGCUGGCACUUCAGGCUCUUGACCUCAAUAUUGAUGUCUCUGCCAAGGUAGUUGACAUUGUUGAAAAAUUGCGGGAUAUGGAGUUAGUGCGCAUUAAACAAGAGAUUGAUGAAGUGAGUCCAGCAUCAUCCCUUACUGAGGAUAAGAAAUUGGCUUCAUCUAAAAAAUCAUCUGAGGGAUCUACACCACAAGUCUUUGAGAAGCUUAAUCGACCUGUAGAAGACAAAGACACACUUACUGUGAGCAAAUUGGGACGUGCUGCAGUCAAGGGGAAUGUCAAGUACACUGUGGCCCAGAAGCUAUACAGUGACCUCCUUGAGGCUCGGGAGAGGCUGUCGGUAAACACGUACCUACACCUGAUAUAUCUUGUCAUUCCAUACGAGAAUGUGCAGAGUGUGAAGAUCAAUGCAAAUGUGUUUGAUAUUGCUCACUCAAUGCUUGGUAAUGAAGAGCUAAAAUUGGCCAACACACUUCGUAUAAAUGAAGGCAUCAUUGCACGCAUGAUGUCAGGAAAGAAGAUAAAGACUGUCACAGAAGAUGUAUUGAAGAGGUUUUACUGUGCUAUGAAACUUCAUGCAACUUGGUACAAGCAGGGAGUGUGGGAGGCAAGUGUGCAGCUUGGCUCUGAACGUGGGGAACUGCAACAACUGCUCAAUGCCACUACUGCAUUUGCUUCCUGUGUCUCUCACUUCUGUGCAGAGCUGGAGCAGCUGUGGGCCUUUAGAGAUCUUCUAGUGAACAUAACUCAGAUGUUAUCAGGAUGUUGUAUUGCAGAGCUAAUACCUCUGCUGGACCUGCCAGGAGUGAAAAAAGGUCGAGCAAAACUGAUGUACAAAGCUGGACUGAAGACAUUACAAGAUGUAGCAAAAUGUGACCCCAGGAGACUAAUGCAGGCAGUGAUCCAUCUCCCAUAUGUAUCAGCCCUCCAAAUAAUCGAUUCUGCUAAGAUGUUGCUAAUUGAUAAAGCAGAAGUGUUACAGAUGGAAGCAGAAGAGAUGAUGAUGGGCUUGUCUUCACCUUCCAAGUUGACUUCUGAAAUCUCUGGUGCAAGUGCUGAGGGAUAAUGACAUGCACCUAGAGGAAAAGAUUUAUCCUACUUUAAUUGGCAUGGUGAAGAUCUUUAAAGAACUGUGUCAUAAGAAAAUGUAAGGGCUGGGAAAGGACAGUUAUUGAAUGGUUAAUGAAAGUGCAAUUUCAUACUGGAAUGUUCAUUAAUGUUUGAAGGGGAGUGUUGCAGCUCAAGCAGUAACAUAUCUGAUUUCUAUACAAGAAGUCACAUGUUUGGAUCCUGGUUAGAAGGAGAUUCUAGGGGCAUGACUGCUUAUAUAGGAGUUCAUUCUGCCUUAGAAGAAUGUGUUGUGAGCUGUUGAGACAGGGAAUGAAAAGGUGGCAGAGAUAGAAAAUCACCAACCUACUCCACUUGCCAGGGUCCAGGAAGGGUGAUGCUGCUUGCUCUACACUAUAAUCAGUACAGCAUAAAAUGAUAAUUUUUGCAUGACCAUGGGUUUCACCAGGUUUCCUUCUCUGUUGCCACAUCUCUACAGUUCACCAUCCUAUCUAAACAAGACUGUGUGUGAGGGCAGGUCAGCACUGACUGGCGAGUCAAGUUGAGGUAGCAGUUAGGUCGCGCUUUCCUGCUUAUAUACCAUGUUUAGCAUGGGAGAAACUUUUAUAAUGAAAACAUUCCUUAUAUGUUGAUGGUGAAUGGUGAUGUGGAACAAAAGUUAGAAGGAUUUCAGCAAUCAUUUCUGAACUACACCAGUCUCUCUCUCUCUCUCUCUCUCUCUCUCUCUCUCUCUCUCUCUCUCUCUCUCUCUCUCUCUCUCUCUCUCUCUCUCUCUCUCUCUCUCUCUCUCUCUCUCUCUCUCUCUCUCUCUCUCUCUCUCUAUAUAUAUAUAUAUAUAUAUAUAUAUAUAUAUAUAUAGAUAAAGAGAGAGAGAGCUGGUUAUCUAUGGAGAUGUAGCAAGAGUGGGAGAAACUCAGUGAAAUUCCGGCCACACCCGAAUAACCAUUUUACGCGGUGUAGAGUAUAACACUCUUGAUUGCAUUCUUGAACUUUGAGGAAAGCUUUGAUAUCAAAUUUAAUUGUUAUAACACUACCUACUGUAGUUAGUAUUGCUGGAUGCCUAGUCUAUAGGUGAGGCACUUUUCCAAAUAAUUUUUAGUUUUUAGUUUAAAAUGAAUAAAAAUGUUAUCUAAAUUAUUAUAGAACUAUGUAUAUAUAUAUAGAUGUAUAUUUUAUAUAUGAAUAAUUUUUUA